AUGCCCCAAGUUCCAACGAUUGUCAGCGUUAUACUAACUCGUACGAACUCUUCAGGCGAUCAAGGAGACAAAGGUGACCCAGGACAACAUGGAUUGCCUGGAAUAGAUGGUCGACCAGGUCUUCCUGGUGCCAAAGGAGAGCCAGGUUUUCCAGGAGUGCAAGGACAGCCAGGAUUGCAAGGUCUUCACGGCGAGAUUGGUUCACCAGGACCACCUGGGCUUCAAGGGCCAAAAGGCGAGCCUGGAGAACCUGGUCGUGAUGGUUUACCAGGUUUAGCAGUUGGUUCCUCGAUACCAGGCCCACCGGGUCCCGAGGGUCCUCCAGGGAUACCUGGGGAAGAUGGUCUUCCAGGAGAGAAAGGGGAACCAGGUCCUUCUGGUCAACCAGGUCUACCAGGACCGAAAGGUGAAAUUGGUUCACCUGGAUCCAUGGGAUUGCAGGGUCCACCUGGUGUACCUGGAGAACCAGGUCCCCCAGGACAACGUGGAAACGAUGGUUUGGCAGGGACUCCAGGAGCUCCAGGGCUCGAUGGCAAGCCUGGAGCAAAAGGUGAGACAGGUGAACCAGGAGAGCAAGGUCGUGUCGGGCCACGUGGCUUCCCAGGAACCUCUGGUCCUGCAGGUCUACCAGGCAGUCCUGGCUUCCCAGGAGUGGAAGGACGACCUGGACCACCAGGUGCUCCAGGCCCACCGGGACCUCCAGGACCAGCUGGAUCGAAUGAAGAUAUGUUGAACACAAACAAGGUUUCGAGAAGCAUAGGCAGUCCAGGAGCUAGUGGGCCACGAGGUGUACCAGGGUCUCCAGGACUGCCUGGCGAGCGAGGACCUCCUGGAGAUCGAGGUCCAGAGGGUCAAAUCGGACCACCUGGAAUACCAGGGAAGGAUGGAGCGCCAGGACUACAAGGACCACCCGGAGUACGAGGUCAGACAGGAAUGCCAGGUCUUCAAGGGUCACCAGGUCGAAGCAUCACCGAUUCGGAAAUUCGAGAUAUAUGCACGAGCGUGCUGCGAGAGCAGAUGACUGAGAUGGCAGCAUUGAUGCAAGGUCCGCCUGGUCCACCUGGUCGAGGACGUCCAGGCCGUCCUGGAUCACCUGGUCCCCAAGGUCGCCCAGGUGAUCCAGGCACUCCAGGUUUACCAGGGGAACGAGGCUUCGUAGGAUUGCCAGGCCCUCAAGGUCCAAUGGGUCCUCAAGGUCCAUCUGGCGAACGGGGAGAGAAAGGUGAUAGAGGACCGGAAGGUGUCGGCGUGGAAGGCCCGAUCGGUCCAACAGGACUGCCUGGACCAGCUGGCAAAGAUGGCGUCGGAUUGCCUGGAAGGCACGGAGAACGGGGGGAACCGGGCAGACCAGGCCUUCCUGGGAGCAGAGGCCUACCUGGACCCCAAGGGUUACCUGGAUUUUGCGAGUUUUGCAAUUAUCCCAGUGCCAAUUACUUGCAGUAUACCCGUGGCAACGAGAAAGGCCCAUAAAAACCCUAAUUCCGGCACAGAGAGUGCAAUUAAUAAGUACUAUGAAAUAAAAUUGACGAGCCUACGAACAACGAACGUUUACGUUCGGCAAUGUUUGUAGAAUCGUGUACAAUCACUGCCAUACGAAAAUACCAUCUUGCAUCGAUAACGUAUAUUUAAGUAUGCUAAUUUGCCUUCGAAAAUGAUCUAUACGAGGUACUAUUUAAUAUAAAGAUUAAUAUAUUACAGACGGAUGAAGUGUUUGUACAUGUCGCCCUGAAUAAAUAUUUUUCAAGUAACAACAAA